AUGGCGCCCAUCGCCCUGAUCCUCGGCGCCGGCAAGAACAUAGGCGCCGGCGUCGCCGCCCACUUCUCCGCGGCGGGCUACUCAGUCGCCCUCGUAGCCCGCGGAUUCCCCGCCCCGUCCCCCUUGACGGAUCCGGAGACUGGUCACCUCAGCAUCCGCGCGGACCUCGCCGACCCCGCGCAGGUCCGCGACGCCUUCGCCCAGGCGAGGCGGCACUUUGGCGGGGCGCCGCCGCGGGUCGUCGUCUACAACGCCGCCACGUUGACGCCGCCGCCCGACGCCGGGAACCUGUUCAGCCUGCCGGUGGAGCAGGUCGAAGCGGACCUCCGGCUCAUGAACUCGGGCGCAUGGGUCGCCGCGGGCGAGGCCGUCCGGGGGUGGGCGGAGAACGCGGAUGCGGAGGAGGGGCGCAAGGGGCGCUUCAUCUACACGGGGAAUAUGCUGAACACCGCCCCGUUGCCGGUGCCAGCGCUGGCAACCCUGGGGAUCGGGAAGAACGCGGCCUGGUCUUGGGUCGGGCUCGCCGACGCGGUGUACAAGGACGCGAAGGGCUGGAGAUUCUUCUACGCCGACGAGAGGAAGGCGGACGGGAGCAGCAUCGGCAACGUCCCCGACGCCAAUUCCAACGGCAGGUUCUACCUGGAGCUUGCAGAGGGCGCGAAGGACCUGCCCUCCACCGUCACAUUUGUCGAUGGCGAGUACAGGAAGUUCUGA